UCCUUUUUUUAAGACCCUUAAAGAGUAUCCUUGUCAAAAUGGUUUGGCAUAAACUCCACUAAUCAAAAAACAGCUAAUGGGAACUGCCCAUGUCCUAAAAUAGAAUUUUCUUGGUUAUCCUCCUUCUGCAAACCUGGACAACAGCCUCAAUCUCUGCUAGCCUUAAACACCAAUCCCUCUUAAAAUCUCUUAAAUUUUGAUUAUUACAACAUUGAGUGUUUAUUGAUUAAUUGCUGAGUUUAAUUAAUUUCUUUGUUAAUCUUGCUCCUUGUUUCUUAUAUGGCGACAAGGAAAGCAAUGGAAUCAUGCAUCGUCUCAACCACAGAUGGGGUGUGUCUCCAAGCAAGAAUUUUCAAGCCACCGCAAGAAACCACCCAAUAUGGCAGCUUAGGCACUGCAAUUGUGCUGGUGCAUCCAUACUCGAAGCUGGGUGGAUGCCAAGGUCUAAUGCAAGGAAUUGCAUUGAGAUUAGCCAUCAAAGGCUUCAUUACCGUCACCUUUGAUAUGAGAGGUGUUGGAAGGUCUACGGGCAGGUGUUCGCUCACUGGCUUCGCUGAAACCCAAGAUGUUAUUGCUGUUUGCAGAUGGGUCUCCCAGAACUUGCCAGAUAAAAAGAUUAUGUUGGUGGGUUCCUCCGCAGGAGCUCCAAUUGCUGGUUCUGCAGUUGAUCAGGUAGAGGAAGUGAUUGGGUAUACAAGUAUUGGUUACCCUUUUGGAUUGGCUGCCUCUGUUCUGUUUGGGAGACACCAUAAGGCAAUUUUACGGUCCAGAAAACCAAAAUUCUUCAUAAUGGGCACAAAGGAUGAGUUCACAAGUGUGGCACAGUUGGAGAACAAGCUAAAGUCUGCUGCUGGCCGUGUUCAAGCCCAUCUUAUUUUAGGCGUUAGCCACUUUGAAGUCGAGGGUCCUGCCUAUGAUGCUCGGAUGGCAGACCUAAUUGUGGGUUUCGCUGCAUCAUUGACGCUAUGAGCAGCCUGAUUUCCCUGCAUUUUUUGUAAUGCUAAAGAUUAGCAUUCCUGACUGUGCAACAUACUCAUAUGAACCAAUCCAGCCGAUUACACAAUAGCUAGGUGAAAGCCAGGCAGUCAACAAUCCCUGUUAACAAUUGCUGAAGAUGUAGAUAAAAGCUUGAUGCUUUUUCUUAAUCUGCAACGCUUAAUGGAAGUGGAAAGAUGGCCUUACGGUCUUCGGUUAGACAUGGAUUAAGAAAAAC